GCCUCGAUCCAUGUGGGCACUGGUGACGUCACCGCCGCUGCGCGAGGUGGGGGGACGCCAAAGGCCUCCGAAUCCGAGUCGGCGCCGUCUUAUUUGACCCUCCGCACGAAACCUACGGCGUCUGCACCGCGGCGGCCCCUUUGCCCGCACCUCGGCAAACAUGUCCAUCGAGAUCGAGUCACCCGAUGUGGUGCGGCUAAUCAUGCAGUACCUGAAGGAGAACAAUUUGCAACGCACGCUCGCCGUGCUGCAGGAGGAGACGUCCGUGUCCCUCAACACGGUGGACAGCAUCGACAGUUUUGUAUCGGAAAUCAACAAUGGGCACUGGGAUACUGUACUGCAGGCUAUACAGUCUCUCAAGCUGCCUGACAAAACUCUAGUUGACCUCUAUGAGCAGGUGGUGUUGGAGCUGAUUGAACUGAGAGAGCUGGGUGCUGCACGCUCCCUGCUGAGGCAAACCGACCCCAUGAUCAUGUUGAAACAGACCCAGCCUGAACGCUACGUCCACUUGGAAAACCUGCUUGCCCGCUCGUAUUUUGACCCUCGAGAGGCAUAUCCGGAUGGUAGCAGUAAGGAGAAGAGGAGGGCAGCCAUCGCUCUGGCCCUCGCCGGGGAAGUCAGCGUGGUGCCUCCUGCUCGUCUCAUGGCUUUGCUUGGACAGGCACUGAAGUGGCAGCAGCACCAGGGCUUGCUCCCACCUGGCACUACAAUCGAUUUGUUCAGAGGAAAAGCAGCUGUCAAGGAUGAGGAGGAAGAGAAGUUCCCUACACAGCUCAGUCGUCACAUAAAGUUUGGACAAAAAUCACAUGUGGAAUGUGGGAGAUUUUCACCUGAUGGACAGUACCUCAUCACUGGCUCUGUGGAUGGCUUCAUCGAAGUCUGGAACUUCACCACUGGAAAGAUCAGAAAGGACUUGAAGUACCAAGCACAGGACAACUUUAUGAUGAUGGAUGAUGCCGUACUGUGCUUGGCUUUUAGCCGUGACAGUGAAAUGCUGGCAUCUGGUGGUCAAGAUGGCAAGAUCAAGGUGUGGAAGAUACAGAGUGGGCAGUGUUUGCGCCGUUUCGAGCGAGCACACAGCAAAGGAGUGACGUGUGUGAGCUUUUCCAAAGACAGCAGCCAGAUUCUCAGUGCUGCUUUUGAUCAAAUCAUAAGGGUGCAUGGCCUUAAGUCUGGUAAGACUUUGAAGGAGUUCAGAGGUCACACAUCAUUUGUGAACGAAGCCAUUUUCACCCAGGAUGGACACCAUGUUAUCAGUGCCUCUUCUGAUGGGACUGUCAAGGUGUGGAGUGUCAAGACAACUGAAUGUGUCAACACGUUCAAGUCUUUGGGUGGUACAACAGGUUCUGACAUCACGGUGAACAGUGUGCAUGCUGUCCCCAAGAAUGCCGAGCACUUUGUUGUAUGCAAUCGCUCCAACACUGUGGUCAUCAUGAACAUGCAGGGACAGAUUGUGAGGAGUUUCAGUUCUGGUAAGAGGGAGGGUGGUGACUUCGUAUGCUGCUGCCUGUCACCCCGUGGAGAGUGGAUCUACUGCGUGGGAGAAGACUUUGUGCUUUACUGCUUCAGUGUUGUCACAGGAAAGCUGGAGAGGACACUGACUGUGCACGAGAAAGAUGUUAUUGGAAUCACUCACCACCCACACCAGAACCUCAUCGGCACCUACAGUGAGGAUGGUCUUCUGAAGCUAUGGAAGCCUUGAACAUUUGGUUGUUUUAAUGGUCAUAGCAUUCCCAUUGUAAUUAUGAUGCAUACGGUAGUUCUUGUAUUUACCAUGUUGGUUAAAAAAAAGGUUUUCAUUAACUCAACAUGGGAAGUAUUUUGUUUUGGAAGUAAUAUUUUGUCCACUAUAAAUACAAUUGACCUUACUGGAACAGCUUAACAGGAUUAUUUCAAUAAAAUAAUACAAACCAAGAUUAUCGUUAGUGAUCCAUUGCUGAUGCAGAUGUUUUCUAUCGAUGUUUUAGAUUUUUCUGUAAUGUGGAACACGUAAAGGAUUUGUUUUAUUCUUUGAAGAUGUAAUAAAACCAAUUGGAAUGUUGCGUUAUGAAGCAUUAUUAUUCAUAAAUGUUCUUUGCUGUAAAAAAACAAAAACUUUUUUACAAACGUGGUGUUAUUUGCCAUUAAAAACAUACCAAUUUUAAAAAUGUAUUUAAGAAGCAAAAAGAGACCCAUACAUGUAUCUUAAAGUAACAUGUUAUUUUGUUUGUGGGAGUUGGUGUAAUUAUAUUACAAAACUGACAUGUUACUUUGCUCAUACAGUAAUAACAUUCAUGUCACCUAACACAUUCAUUUGGUGUGCAAAAAAUAUUGCCAUUUCAGAGAAAAAAUAAAGUUUUAAAUAUUCA